AACGCGCAGUCAGCACACGAUCGGUGCCACCGUGGAUGGCAUCGAUCGAAAGGCCCUGGCUCCGAUCGAGUGAGACUCGGAGCUUCGGGUGCUCCUUCCUUCGUGCCUGCCUGCCUUCUUCCCUUUCGUUCCUUCCUUCGUCGAUCGAUCUGUGCGUCGAGUCGCCGCUUUCUCGUCCUCUCUCUCCACUGCAAGUCCGAAGAGUGUGGAGCGGUCUCCGAAGUCCGGAGAUUCGACCCACUUGGGCUUGCAGAGGAGAGGAAGGUGAGCGGUGCCCGGUUUCCGCAUUUCGCAUUGCGGCAGCUUCUGGCGUCUGAAACAGGUCCUCGUAUAAGAAGAGGAGGCCGAGGUGUGGGCGACUGUGGGGGGUUUUGUAAUUGGAGGGGGAGGUCGAGGAAGUAGACGGGAAUGGCAUCGAUUUCUCAGGCUUUUCCUCCUGUGAGCUCUGGGCCUUUCGUCAAGGAGGCUUGCAGUAGCUGCUGCAAAGGUUUCGAUGCCCAGGAGGCUUCUGUAAGCCGGACUUUGAAGACCUUUUCCCUCUACAAAACUCCCAAUUCCAGGUUCAGUUCCUCCUGUAGAAGUUCCUUUGGCGCUUCUCUGUCUUCGUUUCAAGUCUUGGUUCCCGCACGCUCUGCCCCGACUGUCAAGCAUUAUGAAGAAAAUCAAAAUGGAGUAAAGCCUUUUCUACUGAAGGCGAGGUCGUCCAAAAGUUCUGAAAACUCUCCUUUCACUGAAAAAUAUUCGCCGAAAAAAAGCCGGGGUGGGGGUUUGUUAGAGGACAUCACCCGAGACUUUAGGAAUAAUGCAGGAUUCAAAUUUCCAGCUGAGAGGAAUUCUAAACCAGAGUUAGAUGAGAGUCAGAGUAAAUCUCUCCGUGACCAAUUUGUUUGCCCACCAGUAGGAGAAGCUGCGAGUGAAUCUGACGCUUCAAACAGUGCACAGGAUGGAGACAGCAAUGAAUUGUCCCACGAAAUAUCAUCUCAGCUUCCUGAGCUUAGAGAAGUUUUGGUCAUGCUUCGAGAUAAAUGGAAUGAAGAAGCAGCCGCUGGAAAGAGACAAAGGGGUCCAGGCAACGUGUUUUUGGUAGGAACUGGCCCAGGUGAUCCAGAGCUUCUCACAGUCAAAGCUCUCAGAUUAAUGCAGAGCGCUGACCUGGUUUUGUAUGAUCGAUUGGUGUCGACUGAUAUACUAGACCUCGUGCAUUCCGGUGCUCGUCUGCUUUACGUCGGAAAGACUUCUGGGUUCCACAGCCGUACUCAGGAAGAAAUACACGAGCUGCUCCUGAACUUUGCAGAAGCAGGGGCUACUGUUGUAAGGCUGAAAGGAGGUGAUCCUUUGGUUUUUGGAAGGGGUGGUGAAGAGAUGGAUUUUCUUCAAGAUCAGGGUAUACGUGUUCAAGUUGUUCCUGGUAUCACUGCAGCUUCAGGUAUUGCAGCUGAGCUCGGGAUCCCACUUACUCACCGAGGCGUCGCUAACAGUGUCAGGUACCUUACUGGACACUCUAGAAAGGGAGGUGAUGAUCCUCUGUACGUAGCAGAUCAAGCUGCAGAUCCAGACUCUACUUUAGUCAUCUACAUGGGGUUAGCUACAUUGCCAGGACUUGCUGCCAAGUUGCUGGCCAAUGGUCUUACUUCGGACACUCCUGCUGCUGCUAUCGAACGUGGUACCACAGCUCAACAACGGACAGUCUUCGCAACUUUGGGUAACUUGUCUACAGAGGUGAAGAAGGCUGAGCUUGUCUCCCCCACUCUUAUAUUUAUAGGAAAGGUGGUCUCCUUAUCUCCUUUGUGGCCUCUGAAAGAAGAUCGCACAGGCACGUCCACUUGCGCUUCAACUAAGAGUAUUAGGAUGGCAGCCGAACCCCGGGAUAGAAGACAAAGAGGCCCAGACCCAUCCCUUCCGAGUCAACAGUAGGUUUUCCUAGCCCAUAUUUGAAGCCAGCAUCUCAUUCAAUUGUAACAAUGUCAAUUUUGACAAUUUCAUCGGAGAGAGGGGAAAUCACAGUGGAGUAAUGUUUAAGGUUUAGGGAAUGUUCAAGGAAUGUUCCGGGAUAGGGAUAAUCACAGCCGUGAGCGUGGCAUCGAACUGUACAUUAUUGUUGUAUCAAGAGUUGGAGAAUAUGAAUACGCCUUGGGAUAAUGACUCAGGGUAACUAAACAAGAAUACAUGUGGAAAGCCCAGAAGCUGGCAAGUGAGGAAUGUUUUGUUCUUGAAACCAAAAGUUGAUUCUGGGUGAUCCUUAGAGGGAAUAUAUACUUGAAAAAAAUCGCUAGUUUUAUUUCGUUGUGAUUCUUUUGUACAUUUCCUUUUGCUUUGAAAGGAGGUUGUAGAGGUUGUUGUAUGGAAGAUUGUGCUGGAGAAAAUAUGAAAGAGAA